AUUUCCACAGUAGCUUCCGAGAGUGCUUUUAGUACCGGAGGUCGUGUGUUGGAUUCUUUUAGGAGUUCUUUGACUCCUCAAAUUGUGGAUGCUCUCAUUUGCAGUGAAGAUUGGUUAGCAAGCUCAACAUUGCCAAUUGAAGAUGAGGAUUUGGAGGAGUUGGAAGAUCUUGACAAUGCAUUCAAAACUUUAGUGUGGGAUGUGAAUACUUCUGCCACAGCUGGACUUGGAAGUGCAGUAAAUGCAAUGCCCAUUGAUCGUGAAGCUCCUAGUGCUACGGGCGGAGUGGGACCUAGUGAUGGAGGAGCUAUUAGCGACAGUGAUGGCGAGGAUGACAGUUCUAGUGAUGGGGAGGAUAGUCAGUAGGAUCACCGAUUAAGAAUGAUUGAAGAACUGAUGUUUAAGUUCUAGCUAUGUCUAUGUUUAAAUUUGGGAUGUUGGUUAAUUUCCUAUGAAGUUCAAAUUUGGGAUUGUGCAUUUGUGCUUGUG